AUGGAUCCAUUUAAAUUUAACGAGAAGCAAAUCAAAGUUAUUAAAGCACUUAGUGGAACUUUAAUAGCAGAAUUGGAUGAUUUAGAGACAGAAGCUCUUCUAAAAACAAAAGCUACUGUAAUAAAAAAACAUCCAUCUAAAGUUAUCGAAUUUUCUAAAUUUGAUUUAUCUGACAACAAAAAAUUUAUAGAAAUUUUAACCGAUAUACUUGUAGAAAGUUUAUCAGAAGAUAAAUUAGUUAAAAUUAAUGUGCUUCUUAAUCUUUUUACGAACAGUUCAACUUCCUUAUUAUUAACAGGUUACUUUAAACCAUUUUAUGAACUUGAUAGAAAACAACGUGAAGUUGUUUUACAAAAAUGGACUAAAAGCUCUAAAUUUUAUAGAAAUUUAUUUGCAAUUUUAUCUACUUUGAUCAAUGCUACUUAUUGGACACAUUUUGAUAAUUAUUUUGAAACUAUCGGGUAUCCUGGUCCUGAUCCUGAAGCUAAUGGUGAAAAAUUUACUUCGAAAAUCAAUUUAUUUCCUACUUACGAGUUUAUUAAUGUUCCACCUGAAGGAUUGGUGUUACAUUUUGAU